AUGUCAUCAUUACCAACUUCAAAUGGAUUUAACCAUCCAGCCCAUCCUUCAGGACAGAGUCCUGAGAUUGGUAAUCCUAUGAGUCUUGCUCACUCUGUCUCUGCUUCAGUCUGCCCUAUCAAGCCCAGUGACCCCGACAGCAUCGAACCUAAAGCUGUGAAGGCUUUGAAGGCUUCAGCUGAAUUCCAGAUAACCUCUGAAAAGAAAGAACAUCUUCCUCUGCAGGAUCUUUCUGAUAGUGCUUCUUCAGCAGACAGUGCUCCAGCAGACCAGAGUCCAGCCAUGCCUUUGCAGAAUUCCUCUGAAGAAGCCAUUGUUGCCGAUAAUAUGGAGAAAUCUGCUGAAAGAAGCACCCAGGGCCUCAGAUCUCAUCUCCACACAAGACAGCAAGCUAGUGUAUCUGUCACAACUACUAGGGUGCAAGAACCAGCGGGGUUUCUAGGUGAAAAGGGUUGGCAUCCAGAAAAUCAGAACCUGCGUCAGGUGAAUGGCCUUCAGCAGCACAAAGAACCAGGGAAUGAACAGCACGGGGUUGGACAACAGAAUGCUCUAAAUGACCGAGAACAUCUCUGUAACACAGAGGACUUUGAACUUCUUGGAGAAAGGCAACAGAAUCAACAAAGAAGUGUUGAUUUGGAAUCGACAAUGAAAGAAGACAGGCUACAACAGAAUGUGGACCUUCCAGGUACAGAGGAAAAUACUCUACCUUCAGGAUGCUUUGGCUGCUCAAACUCAGAAACACUUAUGGAAGUAGAUACAGUUGAAGAGUCCCUAGUUGCUGUGCUUAAUUCAGCAGAUGGUCAGCAUGCCAGUGUCAAGAACAUCGGUGCAUCUGCUCUCACCUUAGAUAGUCCCUUGAUGGAAGUAGAAACAUCAAAAUGUAACCCUUCGUCUGAAAUUUUGAGUAAUUCAGUUUGCACUCAGGAUUUACAGCUCCCAGACAGUAAUGUUGAAAUGUCUGGAACAAGUAAAGAAGAUGGGGAUUGCUCCCCCUCUUUAAGUCUUUGUGGCAGUUCUCAGCCCUCUGUGGAGUCAGCAGAGGAAUCUUGCUCAUCUUUAACAGCAGCCUUGAAGGAACUCCAUGAACUUCUGGUCAUUAGUAGUAAACCAGCUUCAGAAAAUAUAUCUGGGGAAGUUAUCUGUCAGUCGGAAAUGGUAACUGAGGGCCCAACAGUUAUUAAGGACCUUUCUGAAAGAUGGACCCAAAGUGAACAUCUUACAGCUACCCAGGAUAAAGAGCAUUCACAGGUCACCCUUCGUCAGAGCAUAUCUGUAUCAGUGAGGGCAGAGAACUUACCAGACACUUCAAAUGGUGCUGGAGUAGAUGCAGUAGAAAAUAGUACCGUAAGGGAUCCGGGCGAUGGCCUAGUAACAGAUAAGGAAAGUGUCCCCGAGCCUAGGGAAUCUGGAAAGGAGAGCAGCUCUGCCACUCUAGCCUCAGCUAAAACGUCUAAUCAGUCACACUGCACCUUAGGUGUAGACAUUCCACCCAAACGCUUAGCCGGUGAGGAGGAUGCAGUCAGUCGCACUUCUGAGCAAGCGAAGUCCUUGUCCAAUUUCAUACUGGUUCAAGAUUUGGGUCAGGGCACACAGAAGCCAGUGCCAGACAGGCCUGAGACCAGAGAAGAUGUCUGUCCUGAAGCUGCAGGACCACUUCUUGAAUUUGAACCACCUCCCAACCAGCCAUCAUCAAGUCCCUCCAUUCUUUCACCAUUAAUUUUUCCCGCCGCAGACAUUGACCGCAUUCUCCGUGCCGGCUUCACUUUGCAGGAAGCUCUUGGGGCUUUGCAUCGAGUUGGUGGAAAUGCAGACCUUGCACUUCUUGUUUUGCUAGCAAAGAACAUUGUAGUUCCUACAUAACCAUGGAAAAGGGGGCUAGACCAUACUCCAUUCCCUUUAAAAAAGCUAUACACGCACACACACACACACGCACACAUACACACUCACCACAUAUACAGUAUAUGUAGAAACCUGCAAGCAGAAUGUUGAGCCAGAUUUUUUUUAAGGAUUUUUUUCGGCCAAAGUAACUUAUCUCUUGUCUGAUGAAUUUGUCUAUUCUCUUUGUUAAAAUUUGGGCCUUUUUAAAUGUAUUGGCAGUAAUGUGCAUACAAAAGCUUUUUAUUAUCAUUAAGAUGUAUUCUGGAAUAAAAUUGAUGGUUUUGUGUAUAGCAUACCAUUUUAGAAUGAGAGUGAAUGCUUUAAAAAGCAGAAGCCAUGAGAAGUCCCACCGCCCAUGCAGCUAGAAGCAAAUCAGCUUCCCAUUUUGGCUGUGUAUGUGCUGUAGGCAAGGUAUGGCUUGUUGGCUCAGUUGUCCGUUUACAAACUGGAUCACAUGGUUUGGUGUUUGGAAUUACACUUAGUGCUCUGUGUAUUGAUGAUUCAUCAGUUACAACAGAAAAUUGAAGAAUAGUUGAAUAAUACCUCCUAGAGUGGUAUGUUUUUAUUUGUUUGGUUAAGAUUUGACCUUUUUAUGGGAUGAGGUGGGAGGGUUUAGAACUUGGGCUGCUUUGUGCAUCAUAGGCUGCUGCAUGGAUUGCCAAGUAUUUGGGGUGGGACAC